AUGGAAGUUUAUCCAAUUGAACCUCUUGAUGAUAUCGAUGGUGUUGAGAUUGAAGAUCUUUUGGCACAAUUGCUUCUCCAUUCUCCUGUUGCCGCUACUAUUCCUUUAUUUGAAAGCUUUUGGAACAUUGAAGGCAAUGCUGUUUAUUGUCCAACUUCGGUCGAGCUUGCUACACUCGAGACCCAUCAACGAAGAGUUUGGGGACCGACAACUCUCUAUCCAAGAGUUGAUAGACCUAGUUGGUCCAGAAGUUUUGACUGA